AAGGCGGAACUGACCGCUUCGUUGGCCAAGUGCCAAUCGUUGGUUAAAGAGCGAACGGUUGCCUGCGAAGAGAUAGAGUACCGUCUAGAGGUAACGGAAGCAACCGUACAGAAGCUGACCCGUGAGCUAGAAGAAGCCCGAACAAAGGGCCAGCAGUACGAGCGGUUGGAAGAGAGGAUCGGUUCGCAGGUGACCCAAUAUCAGCAGGAAGCGGAACGUUUCCGCAAACUACACGACGAUCUGCAGGAGGAUUUAGCCGAACUGCGCCAGAACCUAACAGUACGCAGCGAAGAGUACCAAGCUGCACAACAGGCCCUCGAACAGGCUCGCUCAGAAUUGUCACUGGCCAGGAUACGCAUCGAUCAGCUAAGCAGUGCCGACGACGACCGGCAAGACGACAGCAAUACAAAGAUUGAAUCACUGGCUCAGCAAAACCUCAUCAAGGCCCAGCAAUUGAAGGACCUGCAGGAGGUGGUGAAACAAAUCGGAAGCGAACGCGACCAGAGCAACCAACAGUACCAGAACUACGUGUUGCACCUGAACAAGGAGAUCGGUAAUCUGGCGGAAAAAAUUCAGGAACUGACCGACGAAAACAAUCGACUUGCGAAAAGUGAAGAGGCCGCAGUUCGGUUCGCAAAUGAGCUUGAGCGACAGAUACAACAGCAGAUGUUACAGCAGCAAACGUUGGCACAAGCUUCUCGUGAUGACGGCGAACAGCCGGUUUCGUUACCGCAAACAGAACGCCACAACUUGGAGACGGUGUUCGAGCAGAAGUUGGAAGCUCUGCAGAAGCGUUGUAACGACCUAGAACGGGAACGGGAUAAGCUUCAGGGCGAUGCUGAAGCGUCGCAGCAUGAACGGGACCGCUACGAGGCUCUUCUAAAACAGUCCGAGGAACAGAUCGAGCUUCUACAGUUAACCGUCGAACGGUUACAGCUCGACAAACCGGACGUGGCGAAACUCUUGGCGGAGAUCGAGAGUGGUAAGGUUGGCGCAUCGAGAGCCGUCACGCAAAACAACGAGCUGAAGGCCCAACUGGAGGAAAUGCAGCGUGCGUUCGUGCAGAUUAGCAAUGAUAAACUCAACCUAACCGAUAAACUUCAAACGGAGCUACAUCUUGGCAAAGAAAUGAAAGCAAAUUACGGCCACCUCGAAGCGGAGUUGGCGGCCAUAAGGGAACAGAUGCACUACAAAGACGAAGAGAUGAUUCGCUUAGCCCACGAGAACACCGAGCUGAACAAGCAAAACUUCCAGCACAGCCAAGAGAUCGAUCGGCUGCGGUACUACGAGUCACGAUCGAACGAUGCGGUCACGCUACAGCGAGAGCUGGAAACGCAACGUCGCACGGUAGAAGAACUCGAGCGACAGCUUUCUGCCAGCUCCCCAACGGUGAAUGGUAACGGUGGUGGUGAAGAUCGACCAAAGGACGUCCGAGAUGUGGAUCGGCAUGAAAUCGAGACAUUGCGGCAGGAGAAACAAGAAUUGGUGAAAGCCCUGAACCGAUUCCAGCAACAUCGAUCUGCGUCAGGUAAUGACGAAGAUAAAGUGCAUCAGCCGUUAAGAGGUGAUCACCCAUCAUCGAUCGUGAGCAGCAUAUCGACACUAGAAGCGAUGGAGAAGCUACAAGAACGCUUCAAGCGCACGAUGGUCGAGGUGGCUGAACUAACGGAGGAACGACAAGUGUUGGAGCAUCUCGUGCUCCAGCUUCAGGACGAGACGGACACGAUUGGCGAGUACAUCACACUUUACCAGCAGCAGCGGCGCUUGCUGAAGCAGAAGGAUAUGGAACGCAAUCUGCAGUUGCAACAGUUGGCCGACGAUCGAGAGAUGAUGAAGCUGAAGCUUAAGGAGCUAAACUAUCUAGUGCACCGAUUGGUGCUCGAACAGCAGGGUGGUAGUGUUGGUGCGGCGGUUCCUACAGCUCGUCUAUCUCCUGCUGACCACAUUGUGGAUCUACCAGAUCCGAGCGCACCCACAGCUGGUGGUGCUAGUCCUACUUCUGUCUGUGACCAUCAUGACGAUCAUUAUCAUCAUUCGUCCGAUACGGAACUAAGCUCGAAUGGCAAUGAUGGUGCGGUGCCGAACGUGCAUAUUAAGGCGACCGAAACGGCAGGACGCAUUCUGUCCCUGCUGACCGACAUGAAGGAAGCCAACAUACUGUUUGGCAGUGGUGUUCAACAUUGUUCGUGCUGUUCCGGGCGACUCGAAACGGUCUAAAACACCCACCGCUCCCUUACGCUGUGGUUUAGGUUUUGUUACUUUUAAAAAUAAGUGGUUUAUAAUUUUAAAUCGAUCGUUUCUUCACUUCUACGUACCACUUUUCUUCCGCUCUUCAUUCCUUUCUCCCUGAACCGGCAUAAAAUGGUAUUUGUACGAUUGAUAAAUGUUAAUGACACACGCUUAGCGCCGAAUUCAGGGUGAAUAAAAC